AAGCAUUUUGCUUGGUUGCCAUUCGAACUUGAAAACAGAAAAACUCUGUUGCCGAUCGCAUCAUAUUGAACACUAUCGCCACCAAAAAGCAAAUCCAUCACAAUGGCGAAGAGACCUUCCUCCUCUCUCCUCACCUCUCCUUACUCUCUCAUCAUCCCCCGCGGCGACGCUUUCCUCUUCCUUUUCGCCCUACUCUCUAUCUUCUCUCUCCUCCUCCACCACGUCUCCGCCGCCUCUCGCCCCGACUUCGAGGGCUUCGACGCCGAGGAAGAUGACGAUUUCGCCCUCGGGGGCGGCUACCUCAGGGACGAAGACACCCCUCCUGUUCGCUCUGCGCCGCCCCCAAUAUCUCUCUCCACUUCUACCCCCGAGUCGCACCACGGGCCCCCCGAUUCGGAUCAGGCUUCGAUCCAAUCCACGCCGUCCGAUCAUAACCCUAAGCCGGCUUCCACAGCAGCGUUUGAUUACUGGGAUGAGGAUGAGUUUGAAGGCAUCCCUCAGGAUUUGAUUUCGCAUCCCGAGAGUCAAGCGACUCCGGAAUCCGAUCCAGCUGGUUUCGAACCCGAUUCAGCCUCCCGUGAUUCAGCAGGAGACCCUAAAUCCGAUGUGAAAGCUCCGAAGAAGUUCAGCUCUUACUGGGUCGAAAUCGUGUGCGUUUCCUUCUUGAUUAUGUUUGCAAUCAACUACUUCACGGGGAAAAGGGAGAACGAGAAUCUGGCCUUGGCGUGGGCCAGCAAAUUCGCGACCAAGGACUCGAUUUUCGACAAGAACUUCAGCUUGUUGGGGGUGGGGGAGACCGAUGACUCUCCAUUGCUGUUGCAGGAAGGAAAGAAUGUGUUCAAGUUCUACGCUAGCGGUCGGAGGUUCUGCUCAGGGUUGCUGGCGACGAUGGAAUUGAAGAGCAGGCACGAUUUGAUCUCGAAAUUGUACAAUAUGGUGGUGCCUUGCAAGGACGAGAUCACGUUCGAGGUCUACAUGAAUGAUGAUGCAAUGGAUCAUGUGGUGUUUGCAGUAGCAAGAAAGAAGCUGGCAAAGACUAUGCAGAAGGAGAUGAGGGACCUGCAGAGGUUUGCAGGGUUGGUGAAUCCUCCAAACGGUAAGAAAUGGGUGACGGAUGAGCUGCAGGUAGUAUCGGAGUCUAAGGAGGUUGCUGGGGAUUUGAUCACUGAUGUUGUUCUUGAUCAGGUUCUUGGUGAAAAAGCUUUUGACAAAUUCGGAAAGGGCUUCAUCUCAAUGCACUUUUCUGAUCAACAUGUUGGCUCAGCCAAAAAGGUGCUCGUGUUCAGGUUUGCUCUUCCUGAUGCUAAUAACAUGGCAGACAUGACUCGUUUGGUUGCUCUUGUGCCUUAUUACAUUGACCUGAUUGGACGAUACAAGCUCAGCUCACAUGCUCGAGCUAAAACAGAAGCAUCCAGAACAAAGGUAGCCCAAGAGAUCUACAGAGAACUUCAGAAUGCCAGGCAGGAAGCACUGCAGAAAAAGAAAGCUGAGCAGAGAAAGAAAUUGGAAGAGGCUGAAACGAAGCUCAGUGCAGAGGCUCUUCGCAAGAAAGAAGCUAAAGAGCGUGCUCGUCAAAUGAAGAAGGCAAUGCCAAAAAUGAAGAUGACUAAGGCUCAUUAGAUACUGCCAAGUCUACAGCAUAGGCACCUUUGUUCUCGUAUCGAUUGUCGUUCUCACAUUCGCUUCUCUUUCCAAGUUAAUGGAGAUCCUUAUUUGUAUUGUCUGCAGUUACGUACGCUAAGACGGUGACACUAUUGGUCUUCGUCCGAAUUUAGUAGCACUUUUGCUGUUUCUGAAGCAUUAUAAAAUGGGCCGCAUUCUCGUAUGGGGAUUGGCGUUUGGCCCAUGUUUGCUUGUCUGUAGUGAAAUAGAACAGAUUGAACUUGUCAAUUUUACUACUUAGAUAGUCUAGGAACUAGAAUAAAUCUCGUAUCAAAUUUUCCUGUUUUUAUUUUUAUUUUUUCCUUAUAUUUCUUGUAUGGUAUUGUGUUGGUCAUUCCACUUGAAGUUAAACUAGUUGAUCAGUAACUUGGUUCUACGAGACUGUUACUUCACUUUCUGCGUUUGAGAUGUCGAAGUUUUAAUUUUGUGCUUCAUGGCUUUGAUAAGAAAAUGGAAUCUUAACUUGUAUUACUGCCAUAAUAAUGAAUAAAAGUUGUUCUCGAGAGUUUUUAUCUAGUGAUUUGU